AUGCGCCUGGUCCGCGCGAUCCUCCCUGUCGUUCGCACCGCCUCAACGACGGCCGCGUCCUCGCCAAACCGGGUGCUGAGGGUAGGCGACGCCGUGCGCGAGCGGCGGCACUUCACGGGAGCGGACGUGGCGGCGUACGCGGCGGUGAGCGGCGACCGCAACCCGGUGCACCUCGACGACGGGAUCGCCCGGGAGGUGGGCGGGUUCCAGCGCGGCCGCGUGGUGCACGGCAUGCUCGUGGCCUCCGUCUUCCCUUCCGUUAUCGCCGCCCACUUCCCUGGCGCGGUGUACGCGAGCCAGACCCUGCGGUUUGCGGCGCCGGUGUACGUCGGAGACGAGGUGGUUGCUCAAGUCCGGGCGCUCCACAUCCGGAUGAUGGCGGGGAAUGGCAGCACAAGCCGGUACCUGGUAAAGUUCGAAACCAAAUGCUUCACUGGAAAGGAUGAGGGCUCUCUCGCCAUUGAUGGGGAAGCCAUGGCUGUCCUGCCCACGCUGGACUGGAGUUCAGAGACAGCUAUCGAGAAGCAGUGCAAAGAUGGGCUGGCUGGCGCCUGGUGA